AUGCAGCGUAACUCUCACGGGUUCAAUACUCCACCAGGCGGCUACGACUCUGAGGUUGCACUCCUGCUAAGGGCGCUAGUGGGUGCAACCCACUCCCAUGCCCGCCUGUGUUUUGUGCGCACAAAUGACCCCACCGCCUCGUGGCUAGAGGGCACGGUGGAGGUGCAGGUGCCACCCCAGCAAAUUCGCUGCGCCGCCUCUGUGACAAAAGCACGGGGCGUGAUCCCAACUCUUGCGGCGGCGGCCCCACCCAACAUGAUGCACGGCCGUGUUUCAUACAUGCACUUGUGCAGUUUGUUUUCUCUUCGUUUCCUUCUUAUUACACUCGCAUGUCCCCUCUGCAGGUCAUUUGCGCGUAUCCUUUGCCACCCCAUCCUCUCUCUGUGGCAUCACCUUUGUUUGUUGCGUAGCACGUGGGCGUCGAUCCUUAAUUAUUUUUUCCCCCCUCCUCCUCCCGAGGCGAGCGAGGAGCAGUGCAUGGGCAACUCAGGCAACCGCGGGGCCCAAUGA